GUGCGCUCAGCCUAAAAUUUAAUGGGUAUAUCGCGCGAUUCAUAUCAUAAGCGCUACAAGACUGGAGCUACUCGCCCAAUUCCACACAAGAAGAGAAAGUAUGAGCUCGGUCGCCAACCUGCUAACACUAAGAUUGGUCCAAAGAGGGUCCAUAUCAUCCGCGUGCGAGGUGGAAAUAAGAAAAUGCGUGCACUCCGUUUGGAUGCAGGAAAUUUCUCAUGGGCAACUGAGCAAACUACCCGCAAAACCGUAGUCUACUUUUCAGAAACUACCCGCAAGACCCGUAUCAUCGACACCAUCUACAACUCUACAAAUAACGAGCUUGUCCGAACCAAAACGCUCGUAAAGGGAACCGUUAUCACUAUCGAUGCCGCUCCUUUCCGUCAAUGGUACGAGGCUCACUAUGCCUUACCUCUAGCUAGGAAAAAGAAUCAAAAGUUGUCCGAGGAAGAUAACGCCAUCAUCAACAAGAAGAGAUCAGCAAGCUGUCAAGCCAAGUACACUGAGCGUCAGAAGACUGCUGCUGUAGAUCCACUUCUUUUGGAGCAGUUCGCCACUGGACGACUUCUGGCCCGUAUCUCCUCAAGCCCUGGACAAGUUGGUCGUGCCGAUGGUUACAUCCUUGAAGGUAAAGAAUUGGAGUUCUACCUUCGUAAGAUCAGAGCAAAGAAGGCGAAGUAAUCGCAUUGUUACUGUAUGUUUUUGUUAUUUUAUAUGAAGAUUGUUGCCUGAUUUCCUUUACUACUUUGUCUCG